UUCGCUGGGAAGCUGCCAGCCGCCUGCCAUCUCCUCCUUUCUGCAGGCAGCUCUGCCCUGCUCUCCGCUCACUGCCUGUGCCUCCAGUGACAAAAUGACCCGCCGGAGGAGAGGGACAUGGGGCUGAAUCCCUAGGACAGGAGUGGAGGAGCUGGUGAUGCGGCCGGAGGAUGCUGCGGGGAAGGAUGGAGAUGUUCAGAACCUCCCAUCCUAGGAACAGGAGAGAGGAGCCUGAGUGGUUCAGGACACAGCAGCCAUGGCCAUGCGUGGCUGGUGUACCAAGGUGCUCCCCUCAGAACUGAACAAGGUGUGCUCUGAGAGAGGAGAUGAUUCUGCCACCCGCCCCAGGAAGAUGAGUGACUUCGAGGUGGUCCCCAACCUCCAGCAGAGCAGUAGCAGUGUCUCAAAAAGCAGGCGGAAGGCCCAUUUCCCCAGCAGCAGCAAUGAAAAGGAAAAUCUCAUCUCAUGGAUUCCUGAGAACAUCCGGAAGAAAGAGUGCACCUACUUUGUUGAAAGCUCUCAGACAUCAGAUUCUGGGAGGGUCGUGUGUGAGUGUGGCUAUCUCAGGGAACAGCACCUGGAAGAUGCUGCCAAACCUCCCAUCUCCCUGGGAAAGGAAUGGGACCCCAGAACGCAUAUCCGGGAAAUGCCGACGGAUGCCUUCGGUGAUAUCCACUUCAGAGGCCUGGGGCAGAAGAUGGGGAAGUAUGUACGCGUCUCUUCGGAUACCCCUCCAUGGGUCAUCUACCACCUCAUGACACACCACUGGGGCCUCGAUGCACCCAACCUGCUCAUCUCAGUCACCGGGGGAGCCAAAAACUUCAUCAUGAAGCCAAGGCUGAAGAACAUCUUCCGGCAAGGGCUAGUCAAAGUGGCCCAGACCACUGGGGCCUGGAUCAUCACAGGGGGGUCCCACGCUGGCGUCAUGAAACAGGUGGGAGAGGCAGUGAGAGACUUCAUUCUGAGCUGCAGCCACAAGGAGAGCGAGAUUGUCACCAUCGGCGUAGCCACCUGGGGGACCGUGUACAACCGGGAGAGCCUCAUCUGGCCCAUGGGUGGCUUUCCCGCUGAGUACGUACUGGAUGAGGAGAACCAAGGCAGCCUGUCAUGCCUGGACAGCAACCACUCGCACUUCAUCCUGGUGGAUGAUGGGACUCACGGGAGGUAUGGAGUGGAAAUCCCCCUGAGAACCAGACUGGAGAAGUUCAUUUCGGAGCAGACCAAGGUGAAAGGAGGCGUUGCCAUCAGGAUCCCCAUCGUGUGCGUGGUGCUGGAAGGAGGCCCAGGGACACUUGAUACCAUCUACAACGCCAUCACCAAUGGGACCCCCUGUGUGAUCGUGGAAGGAUCUGGGCGCGUGGCCGAUGUCAUUGCACAAGUGGCCAGCCUGCCUGUGCCCAAGAUAACCAUUGCCUUGAUCCAGAAGAAGCUGAGCGUGUUCUUCCGUGACACCUAUGAGCAAUUCACUGAGGGCAAAGUGGUGGAGUGGACCAAGAAGAUCCAAGACAUAGUGCGGAGCCGGCAGCUCCUGACCAUUUUCAGAGAGGGCAAAUAUGGCCAGCAGGACGUGGAUGUGGCCAUCCUUCAGGCCCUGUUCAAAGCAUCCCGGAACCAGGACAACUUUGGUUGUGAGAACUGGGACUACCAGCUGAAGUUAGCUGUGGCCUGGAACAGGGUGGACAUUGCUCGGAGCGAGAUCUUCACAGAUGACCACGAGUGGAAGCCCACAGAUCUGCACCCCGUGAUGGCGGCUGCCCUGAUCUCCAACAAGCCAGAGUUUGUGAAGCUGUUCCUGGAGCAGGGAGUGCGCCUCAAGGAGUUUGUCACCUGGGACACCCUGGUUUACCUCUACGACAACAUGGCACCCUCCUGCCUGUUCCACAGCAAGCUGCAGAAGGUCCUGCUGGAGGAGAGAGAGCACAUGGCUGGCUCCAAAAUGCCAAGAAUCCAACUGCACCAUGUCUCCCAGGUGCUGCGGGAGCUGCUGGGCUGCUCCACACAGCCUCUCUACCCCAAGCCCAAGCACACAGAGCGGCCCCGGCCCUCCAUCCCUGUCCCACACAUCAAUCUGAAUGUCCAGAGCUCAAGUCUCCGGUCCCUCUACAAGCGCUCUGCUGGCCGAGCCACCUUCACCAUGGACCCAGUCCGCGACCUGCUUAUCUGGGCUGUGGUCCAGAACCGCAAGCAGCUGGCAGAAAUCAUCUGGGCCCAGAGCCAGGACUGCAUGGCGGCCGCGCUGGCCUGCAGCAAAAUCCUGAAGGAGCUGGCCAAGGAGGAGGAAGACACCGACACCACUGAGGACAUGCUGGCCCUGGCUGAGCAGUACGAGCAAAAGGCGAUGGGCGUGUUCACAGACUGCUACCGCAAGGAUGAAGAGAGAGCCCAGAAGCUUCUCACCCGUGUCUCUGAGGCCUGGGGGAAGACAACCUGUCUGCAGUUGGCAUUGGAGGCCAAGAACAUGAAUUUUGUGUCCCAUGGGGGUGUCCAGGCCUUUCUAACCAAAGUCUGGUGGGGGCAGAUGUGUGUGGACAACGGGCUUUGGCAGGUUAUUGCAUGCACAUUGUUCUUCCCACUUCUCUACACUGGCCUCAUCACCUUCAGGGAGAAGAGGCUGCAGCCGAUGGGCUGCAUGACACGGCUCCGAGCCUUCUUCACAGCGCCUGUCGUCAUCUUCUACAUGAACAUCCUCUCUUACUUCACCUUUCUCCUGCUCUUUGCCUACGUCCUGAUGGUUGACUUCCAGCCGGUGCCAUCCUGGUGGGAGUACCUCCUCUACUUCUGGCUCUUCUCCCUGGUGUGUGAGGAGACCCGCCAGCUGUUGUAUGAUCCAGAUGGGUUUGGGGUUGUGAAAAUGGCUUCCCUGUACUUCAAGGACUUCUGGAAUAGGUUGGAUAUCUGUGCCAUUCUAGUCUUUAUCACAGGGCUGACUUGCAGGCUGAUCCCAUCAACUUUAUAUCCCGGGCGCAUCAUACUGUCACUGGCUUUUAUCAUUUUCUGCCUGCGUCUGAUGCACAUUUUCACUGUCAGUAAAACGCUGGGGCCCAAGAUCAUCAUUGUGAAGCGCAUGAUGAAGGAUGUCUUCUUCUUCCUCUUCCUGCUAGCAGUAUGGGUCGUGUCCUUUGGGGUGGCCAAGCAGGCCAUCCUGAUUCACAACGAGGAGCGUGUGGAGUGGCUUUUCCGUGGCGUGGUCUACCACUCCUACCUGACCAUCUUUGGGCAGAUUCCCUCCUACAUCGAUGGCGUGAACUUCAACAUUGACCAGUGCAGCCCCAAUGGGACUGACCCCUACAAGCCCAAGUGCCCAGAGACAAAUGAAGACAACAAGAAACCCAUCUUCCCAGACUGGCUGACAGUCAUCUUACUGUGCCUGUACUUGCUCUUCACCAACAUCCUCCUCCUCAACCUCCUCAUCGCCAUGUUCAACUACACCUUCCAGCAGGUCCAACAGCACACAGACCAGAUCUGGAAGUUCCAGCGGCAUGACUUGAUUGAGGAGUACCACGGCCGCCCGCCUGCGCCUCCACCCUUCAUCCUCCUCAACCACCUGCAGAUCCUGGUCCAGCGGGGCUUGCUCCACAGGCCGGCCACCAGCCACAGGCAGCUCAAAGAGAAGCUGGAGAAGAAUGAAGAAGCUGCCCUCCUCUCUUGGGAGAUGUACCUGAAGGAGAGCUACCUGCAGAACCAGCAGUGCCGGGAGAAGCAGAACACAGAGCAAAAGAUCCGAGACAUUGCACAGAGGGUGGACAUGCUGGCAGACCUGCUAGACUUGGACCGGGUGAAGAGGACAGGGCUGGUGGAGUGGAGACUGAUCUCUCUGGAAGACCAGGUACAUCAGAGCGCCCAGGCCCUCAGGUGGAUAAUGCAGGCGCUGCAGGACAAUGGAUUCAGCGCAGGAGAGGAUGUGCCAUCUGUGGGCUCGGGCAAAGCCUUGGAGACAAAGGAGGUUGGCCUGGAGGGGAAACCAGAAGAGAGCCAGUCACCGUACCAUGUGCUUGCCCGAAACCUCCUGUACCCAGGGUCUCACACCCGCCGCUUCCCUGUGCCAGAUGAGAAGGUGCCCUGGGAGGUGGACUUUGCGCUCUACGACCCUCCCACUUACUCUGCUGAGCACAAGGACAUGGCUGUGCAGGACCCGUUCAGCCUCUCCUUGGAGUCUCUCCUGAAGAUCAACUACAACACCAUGGAUGGGCUGAUUGACCGGCAGAGCUUCCACGGCCUCUACAUUGUGCAGGAUGGGCUGCCCCUGAACCCCAUGGGCAGGACGGGCCUGCGAGGCCGAGGGAGGCUGCACUGCUUUGGUCCCAACCAUGCCCUGCACCCUAUCGUGACUCGAUGGAGGAGGAAUUUGGAUGGGUCCAUUAUAAGGAAGAGCCUGAAGAAGAUGCUGGAAGUCCUUGUAGCCCAGUACCCACUGUCAGAUGUCUGGGCUCUGCCUGGGGGGUCACUGGAGCCAGGUGAGACGCUGCCACUAAAGCUGAAGUGGAUCCUGCGCCGGGAGUUCUGGCCCCAGUUCCAGAACUUGCUGAAACAAGGCACUGAGGUACACAAGGGGUACCUUGACGACCCCCGCAACACGGAUAACGCCUGGGUUGAGACGGUCGCUGUCAGCGUGCACUUCAACAGCCAGAACGACGUGGAGAUGAAGCGGCUGAACUCGUUCCUUCAGGGCUGCGAUCCGGAGCUGUGCAUCCGCUGGCAGGUGCUGGACAAGAGGAUCCCUCUGCACGCCAACCACAAGAAGUUCUUGCACAAGAUCUCAACCCUCCUUGAUGCCUACUAUUGAGUCCUCAGGCACAGGCCAGGCCUCCUGCUGCCCCAGACCAGGUUUUGGUCGGGACCUGCAGCUCUACCCCCGCUCACCUGUGAGACUGGAGACCAGGUACUUUGGUUGCUACCAUGAAUUUACACUGCAGGUCUCUGGGACAAAAACUGUCCCCUCCCCACCAGCUGGGGACAGGGGCUGCCUGGGCAGCGCCUACACAGCAUCCCAGUCACCUGAGCCACCAAGCUCAGCCCCAGCCUGUGUCUUGGUGCUUCCACAUCAACCGCAUCACUAGCCCAGGGCUUGGGCCAAGCAGAGCCACAGGGCUGUUCCUGCAAGGUGUUCCUUCUCUCAGUUCCCACAUGCUCUUUGCUUCAGUGUGGGCACUGGGGACUUGUCAGCCCCAACUACCCCUCCACUCAGGACAUCCACGGGGCACCUCUGCUCCCCUGCUCCUGCUCUGAGCCCUGGAAGCCCCACCACCACAGCUCCUGGAGGACUGCUCUGGAGAAGGAUUGGGGUUUUUCACACCAAAAGGCCCUAAUUGUCAUGCAAGUCACUCCUGUGGCAGCUGUCCCCAUAUCUCCGGUUGCCUCAGACCCAACAACGUGGUCCUGAGCUGUGAUCCAGCACUUCUGAAGGUGUGAGCUGCUCUUGGCUUAUCUACCCAUGGUUUCAUAGCUCCAUAAAGGUCCAGUCCCCGUGUCCCAUACUGUUAUGCGAUCCUGCAUGUGUAUGCUGAGCACCAUGUUGUAGCUGAACUCCUUCCUGCUGGCUGAGCCAAGGCACGACCUAAAUGUCACCUGCCUGCCCCCAUCCCCUUGUGCACAUGGAUGGAAAGGGACAUCUUGCUGGGACCCAGGUGAUUCGUGCUCUGUGGUCCCUUGGGUAGGUAAGAACAGGAGAGAGGACAUCAUUUUGCCCAUCCUAGACAUCUCUGCUCUUGAAGGGUCCUUCACACACCUUUUCUGUGCCUGCCACGGGGAGAACAAGGCACAUUGGAGACAUUUCUCGAUAGUCCAGAACAGCUCUAUGGUGGCAUAUUAUACCUGGGACUGCUAAGGGUGGGAUUGCAGUUCCUCCACCCUCUCCCGAUGGAUCAGACACUGGCCAGCGAGGGCUGUUCUUCCCACACUGGUGGCCACCACACCACAACUGCAUUUUCAUCAGUGACGCACUGGGUCUUGGCGAGGGAGGGUGCGUGUCAGACUGGCAAUUUAUUCAACCCAGCUCAAUAAAACAUGUAUUAAACAACUAAA